UGCAACGUUUAAUGAAUAUUUAAAAACAAUAACAGCACUUUUAUUUGAAAAAUUAAUAAAUAGAAAAUAAUUCAAACAAGUAUAAUUUUUUAAAGGCAAGUACUCAAAUAACCUUUGAUAGAAAAAAAAAUAAAAGCUUCAAUCAAUUGGAGUAUUUUUGAAUAUUUUUAAUUUAUAGUAAACAACAUUAUUAAAUGGAAAACGUUACUAGUGUAUAAAAUUUAUAAAUAAAAAUGAUUAUUUCUGACAAAUAAAUUUUUUCUAUAAAAAGUGUCUAAAAAUCUAAAGUAUUGUACUUGAAGAACAUUCAGAAUUUUUUAUUUAAAUUACAUACUCUCAAAUGACUGGUAAAUGAUAGUUGAUAAAUGAGGAGAAUUUACAUUGGCGUUUCCUUAGUAACUAUCCAAUUACAAAUAAUAUUCUAGUAUUAGCUCGUAUUUUAUCAUAAAAAAAAGUACAUCAAUAUAAUGUUUUAUUAAAUAUUGAGAUAAGUAGUGCUGAAAAAUAGUUGUUUAUAAUGAGAGCCCAUCUGAAAUGGGUUGAUAAAGUCCAGGAGAAGACAGAACAAUGUAUUUAUGAUCUUUGUUUUAAUCCUGAUGAAACUCAACUUGUUGUGGCUGCAGGACAUCAAGUUUUGGUUUAUGAAACUGCAGAAGGUGUGUUAAUUCAACCCUUAAAAGGUCAUAAAGAUACAGUAUAUUGUGUAUGUUAUGCAAAAGAUGGAAAGAAAUUUGCAUCCGGAAGUGCUGAUAAAAGCGUUAUUAUUUGGACCUCAAAAUUGGAGGGGAUUUUGAAAUAUUCUCACAAUGAUUCCGUUCAAUGCAUGAAAUUUAAUCCAGUUUUUCAUCAAUUAUUCAGUUGCUCAAUUUCAGACUUUGCUUUCUGGUCUAGUGAACAAAAAGCUGUUCAGAAGAAUAAAACUGGUGGUCGUAUUAAUUGCUGUGAUUGGACCAGCGAUGGCCAAUAUUUAGCAUUAGGUUUAGCAGCUGGAUAUGUUUCAAUAAGAAAUAAAAAUGGUGAAGAGCAAGUCAGAAUUGAAAGACCUGGUGGAACACCAAUUUGGAGUCUUUCAUGGGGUCCAGUUCGUGAUGAUACAAAUGUAGACAUUCUAUGUGUAGCAGAAUGGGGUGGAAUUAUUUCAUUUUAUACUUUAACUGGACAACAAAUUGGUCGAGAUCGAGUUCUUAAUUUUAUUCCUCUCAAAGUUGUUCAUUUUCCUGAAGGACAAUACAUCCUUGUAGUUGGAAGCAAUAGAAAAUGCUUGUUAAUGAACCAUGAAGGCAUACAGCUGACAGAAAUUGGAGAUACUUUGUCUUCUUGGAUUUGGAGCUGUGCAGUGCAUCCUUCAUCGGGUUUCGUUGCUCUUGGAUGUCAAGAUGGUACUAUAACAUACUUACAAUUAACUUGGAAUAUUGUUCAUGGACUUUAUGGUGAUAAAUACGCCUAUAGAGAAAAUAUGACAGAUGUUAUAAUUCAGCAUUUGAUAACGAACCAAAAAGUGAGAAUUAAAUGUAAGGAUUUAAUUCAUAAAAUAGCUGUAUAUCGAGAUAAAUUGGCUGUUCAAUUACCAGAACGUGUGAUUAUUUAUGAACCAUCUGGAAGUUCUGAUGGAAUGCAUUACAGAAUUCAAGAAAAAAUAUCACAAACACUCAAUUGUAAUCUUCUUGUGGUAACUUCGAAUAACUUAGUUUUAUGUUUAGACAAACGUCUUCAGAGUUUAUCCUUUUCCCAAGUUGUUGAACGAGAAUGGGUGCUUGAUAGUCCAAUUACAUAUAUCAAAGUGGUUGGAGGACCAGCAGGAAAAGAAUGUCUAAUAGCAGGAUUACAAAGUGGUCAAGUGAUGAAAAUUUAUUUAGACAAUUCUUUUCCUGCCCAUCUAACUAAAGUUGACGGUUCUGUUAGAUGUUUGGACAUUAGUUCAAUGAAAGAAAAAUUAGCAGUUGUAAGUGAAACUGGAACACUAUCAGUCUAUGACUUAUGUACAGAAUGUAAAAUUUAUGAGCAUGAGGAUGUUACAAGUGUAGCGUUUAAUCGAGCCUUUGAGGAUAUGAUAUGUUUUUCUGGAAGAGAUUUUCUUACAAUAAAAGUAGGCAAUUUUCCUGAAUAUAGACAGAAAUUAAAUGGAUUUGUUGUGGGCCAUAAUGGCUCUAAAUUAUACUGUAUUAAUGGCACAAAUAUUGAAACUGUUGAUAUUCCUUUAUCAGCAACAAUGUAUCAAUAUCUUGAAGAAGGUAUGUUUGAAGAAGCUUAUGCUGUUGCUUGCCUCGGGGUUGCUGAAUCUGACUGGUUAGCUUUAGGAAUGGCAGCCUUAGAUAAAUUACAACUAUCAAUAGCACACGCUACUUUUGCAAGAUUAAAAAAAUUGAGAUAUAUAGAAGUAGUUAAUGAAAUUGAAGAUAAAUUAAAAUCAGGAGAAUGGGGGCAAGAAGCUUGCAUGGCUACAGCAGCUGCAGCAAUGGGUAGAUUGCGAGAAGCUGCUAAACUGUAUCAAAAAGCUGGUCUUCAGCAAUAUGCUCUCGACAUGUACUCUGAUCUAAGAAUGUUCGAUAUUGCUCAGGAAUUUAUUGCAAGUGGAAAUACUCAGGAUAAAACAAUUCUUUUACGAAAAAGAGCUGAAUGGGCCAAAAGUUUAGGAGAACCAAGAGCAGCAGCAGAAAUGUUUUUAGCAGCUGGAGAUAUUGAGAGAGCUAUUAAUAUUAUUUCAGAGUAUGGAUGGAUUGACAUGUUAAUAAAAGUUGGUAGACAACUUGACAAAGCUGAUAGAGAUAAUUUAUCGAUUAUUGCUAAGAAACUGAGAGAAUUAGGAGCAACUCAUGGAGCAGCUGAAGUUUUCAGUCGUCUAGGAGAUGACCCUGAUGUUGCUGAUGUUCUAAUUGAAGCGCAAGCAUGGCCAGAAGCUUUCGAACUUGUAGAAAGAAAUCCGAAAUUAAAAUCUAGAGUUUACGGACCUUAUGCUAGAUGGUUAGCAGAAACUGGAAGAUUUUCUGAAGCUCAAGAAGCGUUUCAAAUAGCUGGACAAACGGAAGAAUCGAUGACAGUCCUUACGACACUAGCAGAAAAUGCCGUGAUUGAAAGAAGAUUUCGUGAUGCUUCUUACUUUUUUUGGCUUUUAUCUCAGCUAACUUUAAAUUUACAUAAAAGUCCGGAAGAAAUUGCAGACUUGUUUCAAGAGUAUUCUGAUAAAGCAGAUAUUUAUUAUGCUUAUCAUGACGUAUUUAAAUAUAUGGAAGAGCCUUUCACAUCUUUGAUGCCGGAAGCUUUAUUCCACAUUUCUCGUUUUUUAUUAAUGAAAACGCACGGAAAACGUAUGGAAAAUGUAUCAAAAAUCACAAUAAUUUAUGCACUAGUUAAACAAGCUCGAAUUCUUGGUGCUGAUAAAUUGGCAAUUCAGUUGAUUGAACAAAUGAGGGAAAUGAAGAUUCCGGAUCAUCUUUUAGGACAAAUAGAAUUAGUUACGUUGAGUGCGAGAGCACAUAAGUAUCGUGAUCCUGAAGAACUUUUACCGCUUUGUUAUCGAUGUUCAACAUUCAAUCCAUUAUUGCCAGCCAAUAAUUAUUCUACUAACCGUUGUGUUCAAUGUAAUCUUAAAUUUCAUUACUCUUUUGUGUCAUUUGAGAUGUUACCACUAGUUGAAUUCGAACUAGAAGAUGGUAUAACAGAUGCAGAAGCUAGAAAAUUGAUUGAAGAUCCUAAUACUCCUGUAGAAAGUAUUGAAAUGGUUAAAGAUCAAAUGACAAUAACUACUGAAGAGCCAGAUUUAUUCACGGCUAAUUUAUUAAAAUAUGAGGAAAAGAGACAAGAAUCAACCAUCAAAGUGGGACGUACUGUUUUAAAAAGUAUGGAACCGUACAAUGUAUUGAUAGUCGAAUGGCCGAAGCCAUUUAAAACAAAAUAUUAUAGAAAUUUACUGACCGAUGUUCAAGUUACGUACUGUCCAUCUUGUUUACGACUAUUUCAAGCUGAUGAUUAUGAAUUAGCAACAAUUCGUCACGGUCAUUGCCCAUUUUGUCGAUAUUCAAAUACUCCAUUAACUUAGAAUAAUUUUUAUUAUUGUGUACCUGAAGAUCGAAAACAAGUGUAAUUGUUACAAAAUUGUAAAUGAAUCAAUUAUUGUGUAAAUGAAUUUCAUAAUUAAUUAAGAAGAAAAUUUAUCAUUUUUACGUCAGUGUUCAAUUGUACAUUAAAAUUACUGGAGGAAUUACGAAAUGUGAACAUUUAAAAAAUAAAAUUUUUUUUUAUUUACUAUUUAUUUA